CUUUAUCAGUCUCCACUUUCCGGUAAACUGAUCAGCAGAUCAGGUCAUGCUAAUCAAGUCGUGUUCUGUCUUUAAAGCCAUUGCCUUUUAGUGAUCGUGGAUCAAAUGAAGAUUCGGGUGAAGCAAGCUACGAUCGUGAAGCCAGCUGAAGAAACACCCACACACAAUCUAUGGCUUUCCAAUUUAGACUUGAUUCAAGUGAGACUUCACAUGGGCACUCUCUACUUCUACAAACCUUGUUCCUCCUCCGAUCGUCCCAACACUCAAUCCCUCAUCGAAGCUCUGAGCAAGGUUCUUGUCUUCUUUUAUCCUGCCGCUGGGAGACUCCAAAAGAAUACGAAUGGGAGGUUAGAGGUUCAAUGUAAUGGAGAAGGAGUUUUGUUUGUAGAGGCUGAAAGUGAUUCUACUGUUCAAGACAUUGGCUUACUCACUCAAAGUUUGGAUCUUUCUCAACUUGUACCUACCGUUGACUAUGCAGGAGAUAUCUCCUCCUAUCCUCUUCUUCUCUUUCAGGUUACUUAUUUCAAAUGUGGAACGAUCUGUGUUGGAAGUUCAAUACACCAUACAUUCGGAGAAGCUACUUCUCUUGGGUAUAUCAUGGAAGCAUGGUCUCUAACUGCUAGGGGACUUUUAGUUAAGCUAACACCGUUCUUAGACCGCACUGUUCUUCAUGCACGUAACCCUCCCUCCUCUGUUUUUCCGCACACUGAGUACCAAUCACCCCCAUUUCACAAUCAUCCGAUGAAAUCCCUGGCUUACAGAUCAAAUCCGGAAUCUGAUUCUGCUAUUGCCACUCUCAAGCUCACACGUCUCCAACUGAAAGCUCUUAAAGCUAGGGCAGAGAUUGCUGAUAGUAAGUUCAGUACAUAUGAAGUUCUGGUGGCGCAUACCUGGCGUUGUGCUUCUUUUGCAAAUGAAGACUUAAGUGAAGAACAUUCGACGAGGUUGCAUAUAAUAAUUGAUGGGAGGCCGAGACUACAACCAAAGCUUCCGCAAGGAUACAUUGGGAACACUCUCUUUCACGCUCGACCGGUAUCACCGUUGGGUGCUUUCCACAGAGAGAGUUUCAGUGAAACAGUGGAGAGAGUUCAUAGAGAAAUAAGGAAAAUGGACAACGAGUACUUGAGAUCAGCGAUUGACUACUUGGAGAGACAUCCUGAUCUCGACCAAUUAGUUCCUGGUGAAGGUAAUACAAUCUUCAGCUGCGCAGCAAACUUCUGCAUCGUCAGUCUAAUCAAACAGACCGCGUACGAAAUGGAUUUCGGAUGGGGAAAAGCUUACUACAAGAGAGCUUCACAUUUAAAUGAAGGGAAGGGAUUUGUAACUGGGAACCCAGACGAAGAAGGGAGCAUGAUGCUAACCAUGUGCUUGAAGAAGACUCAGCUUAGUAAGUUUCGAAAGCUAUUUUAUGAGUUUCUCAAUGUCUCCGCACUGUGAGACAAUCAGAAGCCUUAUUUUUUACUUUUCACAAGUCCCACAUCGUUAACUUAAAAUUGUACUAGCAUUUGGCCCUGCUAUGCAGGGACAACAUUGUUUUAAAUUAUAUCUGCUACAACUCUUAACUAAGAUUUUUAAAAUAAAGCAGAUAGCAU